CGCUGGAAAAAUUUUGGCCAGGUCUUAUAAUCCAUAAAUUAGUACAUCGUCACUGUGGUGCAAUAUGAUAUAGAUGGCGAGAGUAGUCUAUCAGCUGAUACAUUUUAUAAAUAUAUCACACUCGGCUUCGGCACAGCACAGCACAGCGUCGAUGACAACCGAAUAUCGAGUGUCUAUGAGAAUUGUAAUCUGGAACAUUUUAAUUAUACAUAAAUCAAAACGCAUAAUCAAAAAAAGUGUUUAGUAUUUUAUUCUCGAGGAAAAUGUUUAACACCAAGUCCUUCGAUGUUGUCAGUUUUAAUUCAGAAUUGUCUACUGCGAAACAGGAAACGUCUGCGAAUGUGCAAACAACGGAGAUAGUCUACACCGCUGGCGACACGCAGACCACAGAGACGAGGAGUGUCGGGAUUCAGACGAUGAACGGACAAAAAACAGAUGUACAAGUGGAUUAUGACAAGCUAGCAGAGUUUCUGAAGAAGGUCUCACCAGGAAUUCUAGAGGCCCUUGAUGAGGCUUAUGCGACCAAUGCUUUCGACGACUACAAUCCGAAUGUCACAGAGACCUCAUCUACCACUGUAGAAUUAAUAAAGAAAAUAAGUGCAUUGAAGGGACUAGAUAAUCAACUUAAGGUAAGCGACCUGUCGUGGAGCACCGUCGGCGGAACGUUGGCAGUUGGCCUCAGUCACACUUACCACGAAGCAUGGUGCGACCACCUUUCUAUGAUUCAGCUGUACAAUCUCACAACAGAGGACAAUGUCGCAGACACACCUGCCAAAACCUUAGAGACGAAUGGAUGCAUCACGACGCUGUGCUUUCACCCAACGGAACCCUCCAUCCUCGCGGCCGGACUAUCUAAUUGGGACGUGCUGGUCUGGAACCUCAGGAGCGACGACUCGAUCCUGCCCAUACACGUGUGCACGCAUGGCGACUGCGUGUCCCAGGUAUACUGGCGGCCGAGAUCUGUGAAUGACGUGACCCUACUGCUGAGCUCCAGCAGAGACGGAUAUAUACUGAUUCAUAAGCUGAUGGCCAACUUUACGACCGUCCAACUGCACAAACGAUUCAAGAUAGUCAAGGAACGUAAUCCGGUGGAGAGUGCCAGACCACAAAGCGCAAGUGGUACGCGCGAGCGUGCCGCUGAAGCGGGUCUAUGCAUCACGAGCUUUGACUUUUCGCCGAGGCACCCGAGUAUCUUUGUCGUUGGAACGCUGUGCGGUGGAAUCUACAAGUGUAGCUUGGACAGCGUAACGUCCAUCGAAGGAGACCCUACGCUUGUCGAUCCCGUGAUCGAUGAAUACGAAAGGCACGGAGGUAGCGUUACCUGCAUAAAGUGCUCGCCGUUACGCAAUCUAUUCGUCAGCAGUGCUACGGAUAAGGAAAUUCGAAUAUACAAUCUUGACGAGCAUGUCAAUCAGCAAAUUAUUUCCGUGGACAGUACAGUUGUGGGAUUAACGUGGAUGAUUGGCAAUCAAGACAUAUUCGCAGCUUACGGAGCGGGCACGUGUGUCAAGUUCUACAACGUAACGGACGGUAAACCUGUAACGUAUGCGAAAGUCGAAGUGACUGGCAAAGAAAGUAUCAGCAGCUUACGUAUAAAUUCCAAGAGAGAUGUACUGGCUGUUGGAGAUGUUCGUGCGAAUGUUGAAAUAUGGAAAUUUCCACGUCACUUGUUUUGAACAUGUCUCUGAUUAACGCAAUUGCUUACACCAUUUACUGAAUGGAUCGACACAUCGCCAUGUAUACCUCCUUAUAUACAUAUUGCACACAUAUAUAUAUAUAUAUAUAUAUAUAUAU